GCGGUGCGCGUUGACAGCGGCGGCGGCGGCGGCGGCGGCGGCGGGACGCGGCGGGUGGCGGGGUUCGGCGCCUCCGGUUCCUGCCCCGGCUUCCGAGGCAGCGGCGGCGGCGGCGGCGGCCCGGGAUGGCCUUCAUGGAGAAGCCGCCGGCUGGCAAGGUGCUGCUGGACGACACGGUGCCGCUGACAGCGGCCGUCGAGGCGAGCCAGAGUCUGCAGUCGCACACGGAAUAUAUCAUCCGGGUGCAAAGAGGAAUUUCUGCAGAAAACAGCUGGCAGAUCGUCAGAAGAUACAGUGACUUCGAUCUGCUUAACAACAGCUUGCAAAUUACAGGCCUAAGUCUGCCUCUUCCUCCCAAGAAACUGAUUGGAAACAUGGACCGUGAAUUCAUAGCUGAGAGGCAGCGAGGCCUGCAGAACUACCUUAACGUUAUCAUGGCAAACCAUGUCUUGUCCAACUGUGAGCUGCUUAAGAAGUUCCUAGACCCAAACAACUAUUCUGCAAACUAUACUGAGAUCGCCUUACAGCAGGUUUCCAUGUUCUUCCGAUCAGAACCAAAGUGGGAGGUGGUAGAACCACUGAAGGACAUAGGUUGGAGGAUAAGGAAGAAAUAUUUCUUGAUGAAAAUUAAAAACCAACCAAAGGAGCGGCUGGCGCUAAGCUGGGCUGAUCUUGGCCCAGACAAGUACUUGUCAGAUAAAGAUUUUCAGUGUCUAAUCAAACUUCUGCCUUCCUGUGUGCACCCUUACAUAUGUCGGGUCACCUUUGCCACGGCUAGUGAGUCCUCAGCAUUGCUGAUUCGAGCCUUUAAUGAGAAGGGGACUUUGAAGGACCUGAUCUACAAGGCAAAACCAAAGGACCCCUUCCUAAAGAAAUACUGCAACCCUAAGAAAACCCAGGGCCUUGAACUCCAGCAAAUAAAAACAUAUGGGCGGCAGAUAUUAGAGGUACUAAAGUUUCUUCAUGACAAGGGAUUCCCUUACGGCCAUCUCCAUGCAGCCAAUGUGAUGCUGGAUGGCAACACUUGCCGGCUGCUAGACCUCGAAAACUCACUGCUGGGUCUUCCUUCCUUCUACCGAUCCUACUUCACACAAUUCAGGAAAAUCAAUACAUUGGAAAGUGUAGAUGUGCACUGUUUUGGCCACUUACUCUAUGAAAUGACUUAUGGACGACCUCCCGACUCCGUGCCUGUGGACUCCUUUCCUCCUGCGUCAUCCUUGGCUGUGGUGGCCGUGUUGGAGUCUACGCUGUCUUGUGAAGCCUGUAAAAACGGCAUGCCUACCGUCUCCCGGCUCUUACAGAUGCCAUUAUUCAGUGACGUUUUAUUAACAACUUCUGAAAAGCCACAGUUUAAGAUUCCCACAAAAUUAAAAGAGGCAUUGCGAAUUGCCAAGGAGUGUAUAGAGAAGAGACUCACCGAGGAACAGAAGCAGAUUCACCAGCAUCGAAGACUAACGAGAGCCCAGUCACACCAUGGGUCUGAGGAAGAAAGGAAAAGGAGAAAGAUAUUAGCUCGAAAGAAGUCAAAACGAUCUGCUGUUGAAAACAGUGAAGAGCAGCCAGUGAAGCACAGCAACUCCAAUAACUCAGCAGGAUCUGGGGCCAGCUCACCUCUCACAUCCCCAUCAUCUCCAACGCCACCCUCCACAGCAGUAGAGCAUGCCCCACUUUGAACGUGAAUUUUCGGAUUGUCUUCAGCAUUACCUCCACCUCCUCCACCACCUCCACCUCCACCUCCACCAGCAGGUCCCUCGCCAACCUCGGGCACAGAGAUGCCUGCUCCGUUCCUGCCCCAGGCUGUGAAUGGUGUGAACCGUGGGGCCUUGCUCAGUUCCAUCCAGAAUUUCCAAAAGGGAACUUUGAGGAAAGCCCAAACCUGUGAUCACAGUGCUCCGAAGAUUGGCUGAUGCUUCUUGGUAACACUGGAGGGCAGGCUCUCCCUCUAUCCCACCCUACCCCUCCAAGUCCCUCUACCUAGGUGAGCUCUUCCACAGAGUCCCUCAAGGCCUUCCCUGGGUGAAUCCUUGCAGAGCCAGACACAUUCCAGUUAGGAGGCUUUAAGAGGGAAGUGCUCUCCAAAUAGAAUACAGUGGGGCCAGCACUGCUGCCUUAAUAUUUUGCUCCUUGUGACGAUAUUGGGCUUCAUUUAGGGGCAGCAUUGUAUGGGUAUCAUUUUCACCAGCGAAAGAAAAAUCAAAAGCAAUGACAGUAUUCUGUCACAGCAGCAAUUGGCCUUUGUCACUCCGUCCUUUCCACUCUAUUAUAGAAGUGUUCUCAUAGCUCAUUCCUCUGAAGCAUCUUCUGGUUGUUUCUUAGGUAGCUCCCAUGUGUGCUACCUUUACUUCACCUCAGAUGCUAACACUGUAACCAAAGCAGUUACACUGCUGAGGCAGAGAGAGAAGCAGGGGCUCUUCAUUCUCCCCUACACAGGGUAGACAGGGGAGUUCCUCAGAGUUCAGUGGGAAUCACUGUGCUGAGAACAGCAACUCUGGAUUUCUACAGCUACAAUGUACCAGAACAGGACAUUAACAACAGAUAAAGCUCUUGCCAGUUAAAGGUUGUCUUAGUCCUCAGCAAUUAAAUCCAGUUUGGGGUAGAGGGAGGGCCAACAUUACAACAUUACAAGGGAAUCUGGCAUCUAUAGUAAUCACUUCUGAUUUGAUUUCUCCAACUUCAGCAUCUUUUGAUAUUACUGUUAUCAGAAAUCUUUUAUCCUAUGAUUUGCUUAAACCUUUUAAGAAAACUGCACUUUAAAGGAUUAUAAAAAAAUCCAUUUUAAAAUUCAAAUGCACACAUCAGUGUUGGUUACUAUGCAGAAAGAAUGUUAUUGUGUAUAGUUUCAUGUAAUCUGUGAUAUAUGUUCAGCUGUAUUUUUUAUUAAAAUAAAUCAUGUCAAGAAAGUA